AUGGGCAACGCGAUCGCUGUCCUCACCGGCAGUGGUGCUGAAGUUCAAGAGGGGACGCCGCGUGGAGGAGCUGGAAGCGGCGGCGCAGGACACGCGGAGGAACGGCAGUGGGACCGCGAAGAAUCUCCGUGUUCUCGCUCGGUGCUGUGCGUGCCUCGGCCGGACAAGGACACGGGCUGCUGGACCUGCUGUGCCCUCCCUGCCGGCUGGAGCGUAGCCCAGGCCUGCGACCUCCUGUUGCUGCUGCUCUUGGCGGUGCUGCUGCUCCAUCUGCUCGCUUGGCCGUUGCUGCCGGUCGCGCGGGGCCUGCGGGCGGUGGCAGUUGCGGUCAUCUCCGUGCUACACAGUGCGUGGAACGUAGUUGUCGGCACUUUAUUCAGCAGACAAUCGGCCGGCAGCGAUGCAAGGCAGGGGGCCUCCGCCGAGGUCACAGGGACAGCGUCGCUGUCCGAGACACAAGUGGCCACCGUGAGGGCGUGCGUCGCCGCGAUGCUGGCGGCCACCGACAAAAGGCCCUACGGCGAGGCGAGCCCCGCACAUGUCCUGACCAGUUCCGCGACCAAGCUGGGGUCGAACGGCGACGACACCGACGAGGUCACCGAAGAGGAAAUCGUCGAAGUGGAGAUCGACGAGGAGGAGAUCAUCAUCGACGAGAUGGAGUCGGGCGGCUACGCCGAUGGGUUCGUCGACGGCGGCAGACUCGACGGGGCCGAAAAGCGCAAACUGUUUCACGCGUCCUCGAUGGCAGGCAACGGCAAGCGCUUCAAAGCCGAGCAGCCGAGGGAAUGCUCCACCCGCGCGGACGAAGAAGCUCAGGAGCAGAGCAACCUGGCGAUGCUCGCCCACAUCAGCGAGAAGGUGCGCCUCAUCAUGGAGAACCAGCGCGACCACAAGAGGCAACUGAAAGAGAUGCAGGUCCAGGCAGCGGGUGCCAAUGGCCAGGCGCCAGCGCCCGUGAACAGCAGCGACGGCGGGAGCAGCAGCAGCAGCGGCGCCAUCCUCGAUGCUGCCAAAGAUGUGAAGCCGGGCACCUCGAGGCCUCGAUCUGCUUGGCCCCGCAAGAGCCGAUAAAGCACGUCCACGCCCCGUGAUAUCAGCGACCAACUGCGUGCACUCGUUACGCGUGCUCAUACCUCCUCUUUGCACCUCCGCUUUAGAGUUUUGUCAUGUAUACUUCGAGAACCCUUCAUCCUCGUUUGCUCGCUCAACCACACAAGAUGACCACGUUCAGGCAUUCAUUUCAGAUAUAAUUGACGGUUGUUCGCUUGAAAAUUUAUUUUAGAUUUGAUCUAAAAAAAAAGUACUCUUAGUUUUUUCGGUAAAGUCAUUUUUUACCUACGUGACUUUACCGAAAAAACUAAGAGUAUGAAUCCUUGCAGUCACGAAAGCUUCAAAUCUAGAACAAACAAAAAAAUGUUGACGUCAUCCACAACGGAGUUGUGUGUAAAUGAUACACUUGGCGUCGCUCAGACGGCAUAUUUCACAAGUAGCAAUAAUUCACGGAAACACGCUUCUGAUGGUCACCGUACCAAAUUGACAUUUAUUUGGAGCCACAAAAUAAAUCUUUAUUCAUACA